CUGAACGAUAGGUGGCGGUGUUCACUUAUCGUGGCUCGAGUGCCACCAAGCGAAGAAGAGUCUCGAGCGAUCGACUACUAACCAAGCGGCUAAUAAAGAUAGAAUUUCGUCAUGGGAGCGGUGACUGACGACGAAGUCAUUCGGAAGCGACUGCUGAUCGACGGGGAUGGAGCCGGAGAUGAUCGCAGGAUAAACGUGCUUCUGAAAAGUUUCACGAAAUGGUGCAACUCGUCUGUGAGCCAAGAAGAGGAAUUUACUCAGCAUCAGAGAAUGCUGGCAAUGCUGGCGCAGUGCGACUUCUCCAUGGGAAGGACCCUGAUGGUUUAUGACAUGAAUCUCCGUGAAAUGGACAAUUAUGAGAAAAUCUACUCAAAUAUAGAACAAAACAUCACAUCUGCACAUGAGAAGAUUGGAGAGUGUAAAAAAGAAAUCCAGCGAGCAAAGAGAAUCCGAAAGAAUCGCCAAGAAUACGACGCUCUGGCCAAGAUCAUCCAGCAACAUCCUGAUAGACACGAGACGCUGAAGCAGCUGGAGUCGCUGGACAAAGAGCUGCAGCAGCUGUCCCACAUCAAGGAGAAUGUGGAUGCCAAGUUGGAGUUGAGGAAGAAGCAGUUCCACGUGCUCCUCAGCACCAUCCAGGAGCUCCAGCAGACGCUCGAGAAUGAUGAGAAGAUGGAAAAUGACGAGAACAACCAAGAGAGCGCCACCGACAUCAGAGACUGAACCACCAUUUUUUUUAGCUUCUGACACUUUUUAAUGUUUUCAAUAAAGUUUACAAU